AUGGCCUGGCUAAGAGGCUGGACGACAGUCGAAAGUGUAGACCCAGAGUUCCAGGAACUGUGUAGACAGCUGAACAAGAACGCUGUGCAAGCCACACCUUUGACCACCAUAUCUGGAAAGUUGAACGAGAACGUCCCGAUGAUCAAAAAACCAUCAAAGGUGCAAAUGCUGAAACUCCUCGGGAAGAAAGAGUUCUUAUGGCCCUACUUCCUGGUGGCCUUAUCGUUCUUUCUAGGCCAUUUCAACGGAAUGACCGCUAUGCAGACGUACGCUAUACCUAUAUUCUCAAGCCUUAAAGCGCCCAUCGAUAAAUAUUACUGCACGAUAAUUCUAGGGGCUGUGGAGUUCUUCGGUUGCAUAGCCUGCGUAACCUUAGUUAACCUUUUGGGUAAGAGAGUCAUCAAUUUAGUCUCCUUGGUGGUUUGCGGCGUUUGCUUCAUCACUGUAGCGACUUAUGCUCACGUAGUCGGUAUAGAAUACCUGGACACUCUAAUGUCACCAAACGUAAACGAAACGGGUGUAUUCUAUUGGACGCCUCUUGUAUUCUUGGUGAUUUCGUCGUUUUCCUCGUACUUGGGCAUCAAAAUUUUACCCUGGAUUCUCACAGGGGAAGUAUUCCCGAACGAAACGCGAGCUGUAGCAUCGGGCUUAUCCAGUGGUUUAGGUUACAUCUUCGGCUUUCUAGCCAAUAAAGUUUUCUUCUCCAUGGUGUCCAAUUUAACCCUCCCUGGCACGUUUUGGGUGUUCGGUGCCACAAGCUUCAUUGGUGCUAUUAUUUUGCACUUUAUUUUACCCGAAACAGAGGGAAAAACUUUGCACGAAAUAACGGAACAUUUCGCUGGAAGAAGUAAAUUAUCGAACAAAGUACAAAGAAAAACGAAUGUUGUCAGUGAGGGGUUUAAAAAUGAAGCUUUCGAGGCUGAGGAAAGCAGGUUUUAA